CUAUAAAGCACAUCAACUGAAAAUGGCCAACUAAAGUGCGGCUGUGGAUGGUACUUGCUAGUUACUACCAAACGGCCAUUAGAGGAACCCAGCGCCGGGCGAACCAACCAUCCUAGACAUCAACGGCCAUCUUCAUUUGUCGAGUUCGAUGAAACCUAGCUUUCUGAAACCCACCAUAAUUAUAUCAACGCUUCUGUCUGAAUCCACUCCGGAAUCUGUUGUUUUGUUAUUUCCGAGGAGGAGUCUGCUGCUACGCGGCUGCACUUGAUUUCACCCCCAACUCCGCACUCAUGACCACUUUGGUACCAAGUGAAGCAGAUCUUCUUAUGGAAAAGAGAAAGGAACCAGAGAAUGGAGGUUCUGAAGGGACUAGGAAAAAGAAGAAGAAGAGGCAAGUUAGCACGCCCCGCCCUGCCUGCUCUUGGGUGCAUUUUAGCCGCGAAUUUAUUAAGGAGUAUAGUGCUUCACAUCCUGGAUCGUCGGGUCUGAAAACAGCCACAAAAGCUGCCUCAGAUGCCUGGAAGCUGAUGAGCCCCGAAGAAAAAGAAAAAUACACUACUCGUGCCCGUGAAGUGUGGGAUAAGUAUUUGAGUGCAAGUCCUGCCCGGGCUCCUAAACCAAGACGGCAGACCAAACUGGUUACAAGGUGCUCCCCUGGUCGUUUAUUGAAUGUAAUACAGCGGCUAACGCCAGAACAGAAGGCUUCUGUGAAAAGCAUGGGAUUUGGUAGCAUCCUUGGUUUAAGAUGCCGAACUCUUAGGCGUAGUUUGUGCCUUUGGCUAUUGGAGAGAUUUAACACCAUGAGACGUAGCUUGGAGAUUUGCGGUGAGCGCAUACCUCUAACUCCACAAGAUGUGGAACUUGUCAUGGGAUUAGCAGCUAGUGGAAAGGAUGUGGUGAAUUCAGGUCCUGAUGAUGUAAUUUUGGAAUUGCGUCAAAAAUACAAUGCCACCAAUCGUGGGAUUUCUGUGCGCCUUUUAGAAGAGCGAUUGGCAGCUCCAGAAGCGGGAGAGGAUUUCAAAAGAUCAUUUGUUCUUUAUGUAUUAGGCACUCUUUUGUGUCCUACUGCAAGAUUGGAUGUUAGCCCAACAUUCCUCCACUUUUUGACAAAUGUGGAAGUUAUCCAUCAGUAUAAUUGGGGAAAGUUCUUGCUUGACCGGCUAGUUCGUGAGGUAGCUCGCUAUCGUCAAGGGAAGCAACGUGCCGUUGGUGGUUGUUUGUUGUUUCUCCAGCUUUUCUACUAUGAAUGUGUCGCUGUUAGAGGAUUGCAUGAACUGGCCCCUGUUUCUUUUCCUUGCUUAUACUCUUGGGGUGAGGAAGAAAUUAGUGAAAGAGAAAAGCAAGAAAAAGAGCUUGGUGGUUAUGGUGCAGGGGAGGUGGUCUGUAAGGAGAGAGGACUUGGGAUGGGACUACUUGGGUACAAGCGCCAAGCUGAGAUCAUGCCGACCAGGAUUAUGGCACCUGAGUUUGAUCAUUGUCCUGCACAGGAGCAGGAUGGACACUUGUUUAUUGGCGCAGGUGUAAUGUGAGGAGUGCAGCUAUAACUGGGGAGUUACAAUCAUGGCUUCCUUAAUGUAUUUGCAGAUAUGGAUGCUAUCUUUUAUGCUAUAUUGUCUAUGCACUUACCUGAAUUGCUGUCAUUAUUGUUUUAACUUUCUCGACAAGUGCCCCAAGUUCUGCUUACCUCUAGUUUAAUUUUUAGACAACUGACAUAUCUGGUACAUGAUUUCCAGCAAUGUAUAGAUGGUUUCUGAUUGACUUCUUAUUUACAUCAGGAAAAUGUGCCAAUUAAUGACAGAGAAGGUACUGCAGUCAGUGGAGAGACUGCUGUCGCUGAUUCAGUCAGAAGAGCAUGUCGAAAUGUGGAGUACGGAUGCACAGAACUUGUGGAUUAUGAAACGCGGAAUGACCAUGAAGAGGCCUGCAUAUACACUCCAUGUGCCUGCCCCCUUAAGAACUGUGACUUUGUUGGGUCCUCUGGGCAGUUGUCACUGCAUUUCAGCAGCAAACACUGGGACUCGGGAAGACGCUUUCAGUAUGACUGCCCUCUUUGUGUUUCACUGGGCAAGAAUGAGACACACCUUGUUUUGCAAGCAGAAAAAGAUGGUGUUCUCUUUCUCCUGAAUAAGGGGACAGAAAGCAUUGGGCAUAACCUCGUGAUAACUUGCAUUUGCCCAAGCUCAUCUAAGGAACGAUAUUUUUAUGAUCUUGCAUCAGAAAGAGGAAGCAGCUCUCUGAGAUUGAAGUCAUACACACAAAAUUACCCAGGCAGGGUGGAAGGUUCACCUCCUGUGGACUUUCUUCUAGUUCCCUUUGCUUAUCUCAGCUCAUCUGGGCAGCUAGAUGUAGAAGUUUGCAUAUGGAGUUCAAACGGUCCAAGUGCUGAUUGACCAAUGUAGACGUUAUAAAUCAAGCCAGCUGUCAGUGCUCGUCGGACCACUCGGUCUAGGAAUGUUAGUAGUGGGAAAUUGUACUCCCAGAAUUUGUAAAAACCGUGUAACACUUACCGGCGGACAUAUAGUUUAGUACUCGGCGAGAACUCAAAAGCGAGUCAUCUAACUUGGUAGCGCUGGUGGGGUCUUGGCUUGGUUUUUGUUGGUUGACGAUUAGAGACAGUAAAGGCGGCAGUUUGAUUGCGAUUUGUAGGCACAGCUUCACAGAAUUGAGCAGCCAUAGUUAGUGUAUGGUACAUGCUUUUGUUCAGCUUGAAAGAAAAAAUCAAAGCAAAGAGUAAAGAAGCCAUUUGACAUUGAAAUCUCCUAGAUUUUUCUUAC